CUGACAUAAGUCGUCCUGAUUUCUCCACGUGAGUAGCCUCGGUCCGCUACCAGUCUCUUCCUCUCCUUCUCCUGCGCCGACAUCAUUGCUCAUAUCCGGAUAUACGGAGGUUCACAGUCUGAUUAAAGGGUUAGAUCCGAGGAGUGCAUACAUAUUUACAUGCUUUAAAGCACUCUAUAUACUCACAUCCUAUCCAUUUUAUCAUUUCGUUUACUGGGCUCGCCAAUCAUCCCCUCAUACCUGCGGCUGUCGACCCUAGCUUUCCUUUGCCGGUUGCUUCUUCCCCCGGUCCUGUCGCGCGUUCAACUUAGCCCAAUUUGACUUGGACUUUAUAGAUUUCUAAAUUAUAGCACCAUGGCGGAUGCGCUAUGUGGUCCUUCCAACGCUCUUCAGAGCUUCCAAAAGCAUACAUCUGUAGAUAGGACCCUGCAGCAAGACCGAAUACUUUCGCGCCACUCGCCUGCUCAGGGCUUCCGAUCUCAAAAUCAUAAUGAAGGCGCCCUAGACCCAGAAUUCAACGCCUUUGAAGCAGGUGUACCGGGCGUUCAUAUUUCUGAUGUCCAACAUCCAGCAUCGUUUUUACAACCCGCGCCGCAACACCCGACUUUUAAUCACACGGCAAAUUCUGGAUGGGCAUCGGAUUUUCAAAACCUGCAAAUAUCGGGCCCGGCACAACGUGUACACCAACAGCAGUUUCGUCCGGAAUCCUCUUCUAGUGGUUGGCAGAAUGAAUUUAUGCAACACGCGCAUCAGAUACCCCAAACACAAACACACCAACCGCAAAUAUCUCAGGCACCCCUUAGAUAUGGUCCAGCUAUAGGGGGGAUGGGAUUUGGUGGCAUGAACGACCACCUGAUGUAUCAAGAUGCAUCCCAGUCACAUUUUCAAGAACAUAAGGAGGAAGCAAUAUUUGACGAAUCUGCUUUUGAGACCGCUUUUGCGGAAGCCCGAGCGGAGAUUGAGCUUCAAGAACAGCAGUUGCAGAACGGAGAAGUCACAGAGCGAACUGAGAUUCAGCAGACGAUUAGAAUAGGCGCAGAUAGUAUCCAACCCCAAGUUGACGGGACGAAUGAUUCGGAUGAGCUUGCAAGGACAGCGGGACAAUUGCUCGACAGCGUCAGCCACGACCAGAGCCAGAAAUUCAAAGAAAGCAACUUUCUGUCCCUGAUGCGACAACUCCGCGAUCGCGAAGUCACCGUUGACGGCGACGAAUUCCGCCAAGUCAGUACCCUCCCAUAAAUAUAUACAUAGAAUUAUAUAUAAAUAUAAUACGAACGCAUGUUCUGGUUUUUCCUGGAGAAAAGCAGGAGAGCGUUGGCACCGAUGGCGCAGCCGCUACAUCCUGGUGGUCAAUAUUAUCCAGAGCGGAAAAAGACCCAACAACUUGAUGCCCGAGAUACUACCACUACUACCACUCCACCUAGCACCACUAACGAAGUCAACAGCGGGAUCAACCCGGCGAAGGAUUUUGAACAACCUGCCACUUCGUAUCCAAAAUCAAGGGUGCCCUAUGAGACACCUGAUGGCCAUUGGCCUGUCUAGAUAUUUGACAUGCUUCCCCUAGUCUUUUGGAAUACCCAACACGGUGACGCAAGGAUUGGAAGUCGGAUUCACGAAGAGUACGCCCGUCAGGUUAUAUGCGGCGAGCGCAUAUCCUUGGCCGAUACAUAUCUUUUAUUAAAACGUACUUAAACGAGCUAGUUAUGUCUUGUUUAUAUUAUUUUCCCGGUCUGUUGGAUUUUGUCACCAUCGUUGAGCUUGGGCGGUGAGGCAAGGCCCAAGACAACGGCAAGACAUAGUAUAUACGUGAACGUUGGGAGUUUUGGAGCAUCACGUCUUUUGGAUAGCAGGGCAUUUUUUUGUAUUUUAGAUAUUACAUUUUUAGCAUGCAUCUAUACAUUGCGCUGGAUGCAGCAUCCGUAAUGAUACCAGCCAUAUUCGGAGAAGCGGAAGAUGAAUUCAGAUUGCUCAUGACCUUCGACACCAAACCUGGUCUACAAGAGUUUACUUUGCGGAUAGUCAAGAAAUGCUAUAACUAGUUAACUAACUAAUAAAA